GGAAGCUGGGAAGUACCGCGAAGCGGAGGGGCCAGGCGGAGACCGCGGAGGCUGCUAUAAGGCCCGUGGGGCGGCAAGAUCAGCUCCCGCAGCCCCCUCGGGGUCUUCGGGCACCUCGGUUCGGGCCUGGAGAGCUGCGGGAGACCGCGCUUCGCUGAGACCCUGCAGACCCAGCACCAUGGAUGCUUUCUCUGAAGCAAAUGGCACCUUUGCCAUCCGCCUUUUAAAGAUACUGUGUCAAGACAGCCCUUCACACAAUGUGUUUUAUUCUCCUGUGAGCAUCUCCUCAGCCCUGGCCAUGGUCCUGCUAGGGGCAAAAGGAAACACGGCGGCUGAGAUGGCCCAGGCACUUUCUUUAAAUGCUGGGGAAGACAUUCAUAAGGGUUUCCAGUUUCUUCUCAAUGAAAUUAACAAACCUGGCACUCAGUACUUGCUAAGAACAGCCAGCAGGCUCUUUGGAGAAAAGACUUACGAAUUCCUUUCAACCUUUCAGGAAUCCUGCCUUCGGUUCUACCACACUGAGCUGGAGGGGCUGUCCUUUAUCACAGCUGCAGAAAAGUCCAGGAAGCAUAUAAACACCUGGGUCUCAGGAAAGACGGAAGGUAAAAUUAGAGAGCUGUUACCAAGUGACUCCCUUGGUCCAGAAACCAGGCUGGUUCUUGUCAACGCCAUCUACUUCAAGGGAAGGUGGAAUGAGCAGUUUGACAAGACUUACACGCGGAAAAUGCCUUUUAAAAUUAACCAGAAGGAGCAAAAGCCAGUGCAGAUGAUGUUUCAGGAAUCUACAUUUAAAAUGACCUAUGUAAAAGAGGUGUGUGCCCAGAUCUUGGAACUGCCUUACGCAGGGGAUGAGCUGAGCAUGGUCAUUCUGCUUCCUGAUGACGAUGUGGACCUAAACAUGGUGGAAAAGCAUCUCACUUUCGAGAAACUCAUAGCCUGGACUCAACCAGAUCAUAUGAGGAGUACUGAAGUGGAAGUUUUCCUUCCAAGAUUUAAACUGGAAGAGAAUUACGACAUGGAAUCUGUGCUUCAACAUUUGGGAAUAGUUGACGCUUUCCAAGAGGCCAAGGCAGACUUUUCUGCAAUGUCAGCCAAGAGAGACGUGUUCCUGUCCAAGUUCGUGCACAAGAGUUUUGUGGAAGUCAACGAGGAGGGCACGGAAGCCACCGCUGCCUCAGCUAUGGUGGUUGUGGAAUGCUGCUUGGAGUCAGGGCCGCGGUUCUGUGCCGACCAUCCCUUCCUUUUCUUCAUCAGGCACAACACGGCCAACAGCAUCCUGUUCUGCGGCAGGUUUUCAUCUCCAUGAGGGGUGCCUCCUGAUGCACCUGAGCAUUUUCUUCUUCCUGUGUCCCCAGAUCCUACUCUAAAGCUUCACGACAAUGGGCCGGUAAGGCCAAGUGCAGAGCUGAGGUCAGAUAGCUCAUCAUGAUGAAUGAAUGGCCAGUGCAGUUUCAAUGUAAACUCCACAUCACUUCUCCACACACUGACCCCCUCAUGUUUGCUACUAAAUCAAGACCAUGGGACCAUAUACCUUCAUGAUUCCCUGUUGUAUUUGAGAUGCUGUCCAAAUCCCACAGGAUGGCAUGCAAAGCUUUCCUAUAUGGCUCCAAACUUAUUUUCCACUCAUUUCAUGUACAAUUCAUUCUCACUGCACAAUACUCUUCCUUGUCACAGCCUUGCCUUCACCUGACUUGCCUUAACCCAGCAGUUUCAACAGUAAUAAAUGCUGCUGGAUAUUAUUACUAUUUUAUAGUUGUCCCGGUGCUUGGAUUUUUUUUUUUAUUUUAAUGCAUGUUUUAAUUUGAUCUUUUUUCAACACUCUCUGAUCACCAAGUAUUUGUCACAUGCUGCAUUAUGUUCUGGGGACACAGAGAAACAGGGUUCUUUGACUUCUUCUUUAGCCUCCACGCACUAUUUCGGUAGCAUUUACGACAACCAGUUUUGACUAUUUAAUGUUCUUAAACUUAUCAUGUAAUCCCUACAGUUUCACUCCUUCUUUGUGUUAUUGUAUUUCUCAACCCCUACCUUUAAUUCCACUAAUGAAAAUUCCAUUCAACCCUUCAUUCUCCUUUCAAAUGCCAUCUUCUUUGAGGAAUUUUGCCUCUCAUCCAUAACCAGACACACAUCUUGACACUCAUUGCAGCUUAUGGUACUUGCUGUAUUUAUUCAUCAUCUGUGUUCUUAUAUGAUCCUCCAACCAGACCAUCAACUCAUUGAGAUUGGGAUUACACCUUCCAAGUCUUUGUGCCACUAAUAUUCUGCUGUCUCUACAGUUUUACCCUUUCCUCAUCUCACUUAGUUGGAAUCAUUCCCUCUGUAGACUUUUCAGACUGACUUCAUGGCUUGAUAGCUCAUUUCUUUUUAUUGCUGAAUAAUAUUCCAUUGUAGAGAAGUGCUGCAGUUUGUUUACCCAUUCAUCAAUGGAAGGGCAUCUCAAUUGCUUGCAAUUUGGGGUGAUUAUGAAUCAAGCUUCUAUAAACAUUCACGUGCAAAUUUUUGUGUGGAUGUGAGUUUUCAGCUCCUUUGGUAAAUACCUAGAAGCAUGACUGCUGGAUCAUAUGGUAGGCCUGUGUUUAACUUUCUAAGAAACUGGCAAACUGUCUUUCAAAGUGGUAGUACCACUUUGAAUUCCCAUCAGCAACAUUUGAGAGCUCCUACUACUCCACAUCCUUGUCAACAUUUGAUGUUGGUGUUUUGGGUUUUAGCCAUUCUAAAAGGUGUGCAGUAGUAUCUUGUCAUUUUAAUUGGCAGUUCUCUAAUGACAUAUGAUGUUGAACAUAUUUUCAUAUGCUUAUUUGCCAUCUGUGUAUCUUCUUUGGUGAAGUGCCUGUUCAGCUCUUUUGCUCAUUUUGUAAUUGGGUUGUUUAUUUGCUUGUUGAAUUUUUAAAGUUCAUUUAAUAUUUUGAAUACAAGUACUCUGUCAGAUAUAAGUUUUGCAACUAUUUUCUCCCUGUCUGUGGCUUGUCUUUUCAUUCUCUUAAUAGUGUCGUUCACAGAGCAGAAGUUUUUAAUUUUAAUGAAGUCCAACUUAUCAACUUUUCUUUCAUGGAUUGUGCUUUUGGGUUGUAUAUAAGAAGUCACUGCCAAACCCAGGGUCACCUAGAUUUUCUCCUAUGGUGUCUUCUAGAAGUUUUAUAGUUCUGUGUUUCACAUUUAGGUCUGUGAUCCAUUUUGAGUUGAUUUUUGUGAAACGUGUAAAGUCUGUAUCUACAUUCAAUUUUUUUUGCAUGUGGAUAUGUGGUUGUUCCAGCUCCAUUUGUUGAAAAGGCCAUCCUUUCUCCAUUGAAUUGCCUUUGCUCCUUUGUCAAAGAUCAGUUGACUAUUUGUGUGGGUCUAUUUCUGAGCUUUCUAUUCUGUUACAUUGGUCUAUUUGUCUGUUCAUUUACCAAUACUAUAUUGUCUUGAUCACUGUGGCUUUACAGUAAAUCUUGAGGUUGGAUACUGUCAGUCCUCCAACUUCGUUCUUCUUCAGUAUGAUGUUGGCUAUUUCAGGGUCUUUUGCCUUUCCAUAUAAACUUGAGAAUCAAUUUGUCAAUAUCCACCAAAUAACCUACUGGGAAUAUGAGGGGAAUUGUGUUGAAUUUAUAUACAAAGCUGGAAAAACCUGACAUGUUAAUAAUAUUGAGUCUUCCUAACCAUGAACAUGGAAUAUCUCUCCAUUUAUGAAAAUCUUUGAUUUCUUUCAUCAAAGUUUUGUUGAUUUUUUUCAUCUAAAUCUUGUAUAUACAUUGUUGUUUUUAAACCUAAGUAUUUGUGUUUUUUUCUAAAGUAAAUGGUGUUGUGUUUUAAAUUUUAACCAAUUAUUCGCUGCUGGUAUAUAGUUAAGCAAUUGACUUUUGUAUAUUAACCUUGUAUCCUGAAACCUUGCUAUUUCACUUUUUUAUUUCUAGGUUUUGUUUUGUAGAUUCUUUGAGAUUUUAUACUUAGGCAAUCAUAUCAUAUGUGAAUUAAGACAGUUGUGUUUCUUUCUUCCCAGUCUGCAUACCUUUAUUUCCUUUUUUUUUUCUUCAUCUAAUUGGGUUAGCUAGAACUUCCAAUACAACGUUGAAAGGAGUAAUAAGAGGGGACAUUCUCACCUUGUUCCGGAUCUUAUGGGGGAAGCAUAUAGUUUCUCACCAUUAAGUAUGUUGGUGAUGGUAGGAUUUUUGUAAAUGUUCUCUAUCAAGUUGAAGAAGUACCCUUCUGUUCCUAGUUGUCAUCAUGAAUGAUUUUUUAUCGGAGCAUUUUUAUCAUGAAUGUGUAUGAGAUUUUGUUACAUGCCUUUCCUGCAUCUAUUGAUAUGAUCAUAUGAUUUUCUUUCUUCUUUAGCCUGUUGAUGUGGUGGAUUACAUUAAUUGAUUUUUGGCUGUUCAAUCAACCUUGCAUACUUGUAAUAAAUUCCACUUGCUCAUGAUUUAUAAUUCUUUUUGUACAUUGUUGGAUUUGAUUUGCUAAUAUUUUGUUGGGAGUUUUCUCAACUAUGUUCAUGAGAGAUAUUGGUCUGUAAUAUUCCUUCCUGUAUAUUGUCUUUUUCUGGUUUUGGUAUUAGAGUAAGGCUGGCCUCAUAAAAUGAAUUAGGAAGUGGUCCCUCUGCUUCUAUUUUCUGGAAGAAAUUGUAGAAAAUUUGUAUAACUUCUUCCUCACCUGUUGGGUAGAAUUCAUCAGCAAAACCAUCUGGGCCUGGUGCCUUUUCUUUUGGAAGACCACAAUUGUUGAUUUAAUUUCUUUUAUAGAUAUACACCUUUUCAGAUUACCCAUCUCUCCUGGUAUGAGUAUCAGUAAGUUGUGUCUUUCAAAGAAUUUGUCCAUUUCAUCUAAGUUGGCAAAUUUGUGGGCAGAGUUCUUCAUAAUAUUUUUACAUCCUUUUAAAAAAACUUUUUGUUUUGAAAUACUUUCAAACUUAAAAGACAGUUACAAAAAAUAUACAAACCCCAUACAGGAAAUUCCAGCAUAACCCUAUGCUCCCAGAUACCCAGAUCCACCAAAUUUUACAUUUUGCCACAUUUGCAAUAUCCAUCUAUCUAUCUUGCUUUAUCUAUCAUCUAUCUUUCUGUCUAUCUAUAUCCAUUUUCUGAACACUUGAGUGUUGGUUGCUUACAUCAUGCUCUUUGAACACUUAAUAUUGACAUGUACAUUUCCUAGGAACUAGGAUAUUGACUUAUGUAAUCACCUAACCACCUUAAGAGCAGUUAUCAAGUUCAAGUUGUAGUACCAACAUUUAUAUUAUCCAUAUUAUUACCCUCACCAGAGAUAUUUAUUUAUGCCUCUUUCUUCUAUUGUCUAUUGUCCUGUCCUCCAUGUACCCUUAGGCCACCUCCAUCCAUUGCAAAUUGUGAAUACUGCUGCAAUAAACCCUAUUGUGCAAAUGCC